GUAUAUAUACCAUAGCUAGUUAUGUUGUUUGUAGACCCUCAAAUAUAAAACGAUGGAGGAAAGUAUGAAAGAAAUCCUAGAUUGCAGUGAUGAGGAGGAUCCAUACAUCGAAAUAGAACUUGAUACUGCAGUAACCACCACUAUUCACAAAGAUGAGAACAAUAACAAUUGUAUAGAUGAUGAUAUAGAGCUAGAACAAGAGGAAGAGUACAAAUUGCGCAUUUCAAUUUCAUCAACCAUUUCUGUUUCCCUUCAAAAAGAGAGUAUCAUUAGUGUUGAUGGUGCUUCUGAAAUUGGAGCUACAAAGGCACCAAUGUCCCCGCAGCCGCAGCAGCAGCAGCAUUCUGGUGUUAGCCAUAAUGAUGGAGUUGAAUUUCCAUGGAAAACUCCUCAAACUUGUGGCCCAACAACAGUAUUGGGGACAAAUUCGACCCGUGUGAUUCCUUAUGACAAUGUGGAUGUCCUAUAUGCUCCUAGGAAGCAACCAAGCUUGACAACAACAACAACAGCAAAUGGAAUUAUGAUGAAAUUAUUGAUCAAGUUUCGAGGUAUAAAAAUCAAAUCACUCUUUGCAUCACUCAUAAAACCAAGACAAACCAACUACUCAAGCAAAAAGUCCAUAACCUUUUUUCGAUGUUAUCAAAAGGAAUUGGUCAAUCCCUCAAAUGGAAGGAAUAGCAAGAAUUGGAAUUUUGGGGAGGAUGAUAGCAUGUCUGCCUCUUUGAGAAAGAGUAAAAAGUUAAUGGAGAUGGAUUUGGGAGCAUUGAGAGGUGUAUUUAGCAGAUCAAAAAGAAGAAAAACUGCUUCAACUUCAUGUGACAACUCACCAAUUCAUGAUGGAUUUUCAAAAGACAAUUCCAUUCAAGCAGCUAUUGCCUAUUGUAAAAGUUCAUUUGGUCAAACAGAUUUCACAUUCACAAGUUCAAUUACCUCUACUCCUUCUAGGUUUGUAGAUGUAGCAUAUCCUAAUUGAUUGAGAGGAAAUGAAAUUCAAUAUGUUAUUCAUCAUGUUUUCAAUCAUACUAAGAAAAAUUCUGAUGCUGAAUGUGUAACAUGGGGGAGACAAAUUAAAAAAUUCCUAUCUUCAUUA